CAGCUGUGAGAAAGCAAAAGCACAUUAUUGUUUACGAUUUGAUCUCCUUGUACGUCUCCUUCAUCGAGAAGUGCCCAACCAAGCUGAAGCAUUGCGUUCCAAAAAUUCAAUCAAGCCCCGCAAAAUGGCAAACUUUGAACAAGAAGGAGGAUGUGCGUUUCGUUUGAUAAGAAUCCUCAAUGAAUGCUGCUUUUGCAUUUGUGAGUCGGUCCCCUUUUUUCAUUGGCCGGCAGGGGAAAAGGCACAAUAGGAAGCGCACCUGAUUUCAACCCACAUGAGGGAAAUGAAAUUGCGGGAGCAUCCGGGAGGGUUCGUUUGAGUUCCAAAGCUUUUCUUUCUUUUGUUCUUUGACUGACGAAUGCAAGAAAAGUCCCGUGCCACUCAUUUGCGCGUUCGCGUCUUUGCGCGUCCCCGUGACGUGACGUGACGAGCGAGCGAGCCGAGACGGUGCUCGCCCGCUUCUUCCUCCGCGGCCGGCCAUGGGCUUCUACGGGACCUCGAAGCUCAUCUUCUACAAGGUGAAGACGAAGCUGGCUCACGGUCCCGAGGGUCGGCCCUUCUCCUCAGGAAAGAAGCGGUGCAGAGGCGACGCUCACUUCAGUCCUUCCGGCGUGGUUCAGACCGCGCCCACCACAUUCUGCGACCUCCGGCUGGCCAAUGGGCAUUCGGCUCAGCGGCGGCGCGUGACCUCGGGCCCGCCCCCUCGCGGCCUCCGAGACUGGCUCGUCACCUUUCAGGCGUGGAGCGGUCCCGAGAGGCUGCUGGCGCUGGACCGGUUGAUUGACAGGUGCCAAACGGGCCAGGUCAAGCACGUGAUGCAGGUCAUCGAGCCGCACUUCCAGAGGGACUUCAUUUCCCUCCUGCCCAAAGAGCUGGCUCUGUAUGUGCUGAACUUCCUGGCUCCCGGAGACCUGCUGCAGGCCGCCCAGACCUGCAGGUACUGGAGGAUCCUGGCCGAGGACAAGCUGCUGUGGAGGGAGAAGCGCCGUGAGGAAGGCGUGUCCGAGUGCUCGUCGCCUCGCCGCAGGACGUGCGUCAGGUCCGGCGUGGCGGCCGGCGCGUGGAAGUCGACGUACAUACGACAACAGCGCAUCGAGAACAACUGGAGGAACGGGGACGCACGCCAGGCUAAGGUGCAGGUGCUGAAAGGUCACGACGACCAUGUGAUCACGUGUCUCCAGUUCAGCGGCGACCUGAUUGUCAGCGGCUCUGAUGACAACACGCUCAAAGUGUGGUCGGCCGUCACUGGCAAGUGUGCGCGCACGCUGACGGGCCACACGGGCGGCGUGUGGUGCAGUCAGAUGGCGGUCGCCACGGUGAUCAGCGGCUCCACCGACCGGACGCUGCGAGUGUGGAACGCCGACAGCGGCGAAUGCAUCCACACGCUGCACGGACACACGUCCACUGUGCGCUGCGUGCAUCUCCACGGCAACCGGGUGGUGUCGGGCUCCCGGGACACGACCCUGCGCGUGUGGGACGUUUCCAGCGGUCGCUGCGAGCACGUGCUGACGGGUCACGUGGCGGCGGUGCGCUGCGUCCAGUACGACGGCCGCCGCGUGGUGUCGGGGGGCUACGACUACGUGGUGAAGGUGUGGGACCCCCGAACGGAGGCCUGUCUGCACACUCUGCAGGGACACACCGACCGAGUGUAUUCACUACAGUUUGACGGCGUUUUCGUGGUGAGCGGCUCGCUGGACACGUCCAUCCGAGUGUGGGACGCCGAAACAGGCGGCCGCGUCCACACGCUGACGGGCCACCAGUCGCUGACCAGCGGGAUGGAGCUGCGGGACCGCAUCCUCGUGUCCGGGAACGCCGACUCCACCGUCCGGGUCUGGGACAUCCGGACGGGCCGCUGUCUGCGCACCCUGCAAGGUCCCAACAAGCACCGGUCGGCGGUGACGUGCCUGCAGUUCUGCCGGGGUCUGGUUCUGUCCGGCUCGGACGACGGCACGGUCAAACUGUGGGACCUCCGGACGGGCGACUGGCUGCGCGACGUGGUGGCGCUGCAGAGCUGCGGAUCCGGUGGCGCGGUGUGGCGAAUCAAGGCCUCGGACACCAGGCUGGUUUGUGCCGCCGGCAGCAGGAUCGGCACCGAGGAGACCAAACUGCUGGUGCUGGACUUCGACCCGGACGAGCGGGGACCGACCGAGUCGGACAAAGGUGACGUCACGGAGGAUUUUGUUUUCUAAAAAUGGAUCGCUUGCCGGAGCGAAGGUGAACCGAGAUUUGAGGAAGCAAAACAUUUCCGGCGCCACAAGAUGAAGACUUACUGCUGCUCGAAACGAGGAACUCAGACUCAGCCGCCGUCCAAAUGUUCGCCAUCCCCGCUGCGAUCUUGUCCCUCUUCGGGUCCCGUCCGAUCGGUCGGUGACUCGAUCGAGCCUCUCGUUAACUUUUUGACGCGGCCGCAAGCUUUUUGCUGUCAUGGAUUGUUGCGUCGACUCACUGGUAUUGGCUGUGAAGUACGAAUGGCAAAGAUGAUUCGCAAAUCAAAGUGUUUUCACCGGAUCGAUCGUGACUGCCGGAUCCGAAGCUGAACGCGUGCACGACUGUAAAUACAAGGAAAGGGUGGACAUACUCUGCUUUUGCUAAACAAAACGCUGUAACUGUGAAGAUGAUGUGAAUAAAAGAGGAUUUGAGAAAGAUGUCGUCGCAACGGCAACGGCCGAGCGGCCCCUCGUUCCGCGACGCGACGGUUUGAGGUGAAUCGAAGCGUUCCGGCUCAUUGGAAGCCGCCGUUCGACCCGGUUACCGUGGCAACACAAGUACUCACACGAGAGAGGAGGAGAAGGUUUAUUGGGAUGAGGCGCAGUCGCAGCUCGGGCAAACAAUUCAAAGUAAAUACAAACCAAAUCGAGCUCAUUAAACGCCUCUCGCCGAUCACCUGAUGGUUCGGUACAUCAUGAAGUCCACGGUGGUGCACGGUGGGAACUUCCCCACGGAGCUUUCCUGCACCGGCGUGUACACUUUGAUCUGGCGCAUGUGCGUGUCUCGGCCGUUCUGGUGGUUGGCCAGCACGGCGAUCUGGAUCAUGAACGUCCGGACGGGCUCGUUGGUCCGCUGGUUCAGGAGCGACACGUGGAUCCAGCCGCUGGGCUCCACCAUCUCCAACUGCUGCGCGGACCGAGAAAAGGAGAACCGCGUCAGGUGCGCGCCUCGCUCGCACCAAAGGUCCUUACCCAAUAUAUCCCAUCAAUGCACAAAAAGGGUUUUGCGUUUCUGAUGC